AUGGUCAAACUACACAAUGACUUUGGUAAUUCAAAGAUAGGCUGUUGGGCAAACACUGCUGGGAAUACCAUUGUCAGCAAACUAAUUAGCGACAUCACCAUUAAGUCAGGCAAGAAUGCAACUGAGGUUUACACCAAGAAAUAUUAUGCAUCGCGGGUGCAGCCUGUAGUCAAGGAGGAACUCGGUGCCAUAAAGAACAUACUUGACAUACCUGAACCCAAAAAGUGGGCAAUUCAGGUUGUUCACAAACAACUAGUAACCUGCUGGGAGAAUGAAAGUGUGGAGGUGAAGACAAAGGGAACCACUAUGCCUAAUCUGAAUGAGACAUCACUGCCAGACACAUAG